AUGGCUGCAAAGUGGCUGGUGGCCACGGGCCAGCAAGGGCUUGGGCAGGAGGGGCUGAGCCAUGCAGCGCCGUUCUUCAACUCGAUUCAACCGUGGAUGGGACUGGAGCGAACUGGCGAGAACAUUGAGGCCGAUCUCAAGCAGCUCAUUGAUCAUGCAGAUACCAUCACGGCGGUGGCGUACGAGGCGUAUAACCUCGGGCCGGGCGGAUCGUUUGUGGACAACAACUUUACCAACGUUGCUCCUGCGCUGAUGCAUGCAGGGCUCAAAGCAUAUGCUCAAGUCUCCACGUGCUGUCCUUGGGGCCGGCCGCAGGUCAUCGAGUGGGCUCGCGAAGCGGCUGCCGAUCCCAAGCCGUUUGUGGACGCUGCCAUGGCGGCCGUUGCCGCCGGUGGCUUUGACGGCUACAACAUCGACAUCGAGCCGCUUAACGGGACUCAUGCCGAUGCCGAGGGCUUUAACGUCUUCCUCAACGCGCUUGCCGACGCGCUUCAUGUCCACGACAAGUUCCUCUCGGUCGACGUCGGGACAUGGACGCCGUUCUUCAACGUCUCGCUCCUGGCCAAGUCGCGGGUUGACGCCAUCGUCCUCAUGGGCACCUACACCGGGAACUGGACACUGUUUCAGAAGUUUGUUGACGAGGCACUGGCGGCAGGCGUGAUGCCCGAGCGGCUGGUCAUCGGCCUCGAGACGGUUGACCCGAACACCAACAAGCCGUUUCCGCUCGCUGCCGUCGAGCAGCGGCUCGACUACCUCCGCGCACGCAACCUCCGCCAGCUCGCCAUCUGGGACGCACCGAUUCCCGACGCGUGGUGGCCGCUGCUUCGGGCACCGUAG